UGCAUCAGUGCUCCUUUCUUCCUCUCUCUAUCUCAUUAUUCCCAUAAUUUUGUUUUUUUGUUUUUUUUAUCUCUUUGAUCUCUCUUCUGCAAUAAUUUGUAUCUUGCAGUCUCUUCCUCCAUUCAGUCGUAAGCUACUGACAGAGUUUAAAUUUCUAAGUGGCUGCCAUGAGCACACAGUUGGAUGCUUCUUCUUCUUCCUCGCCCUCCCCUUACCGGUGUACGUAUCAUGCAUUCUUGAGUUUCAGAGGUGAGGACACACGUAAGGGAUUUACAGAUCAUCUUUACAGGGCCUUGGAGCUCGCAGGAAUUCACACGUUUAGAGACGAUGAUGAAAUCGAGAGAGGAGCAAAUAUCGCAGCAGAGUUACAGAGAUCUAUCCAAGAGUCGAGGGUAUCUGUGGUUGUGUUGUCUAGAGACUAUGCUUCAUCAAGGUGGUGCUUGGACGAACUUGCAAAGAUCAUGGAACGUAGGAGAAAUGAUGACGCACACGUGGUUAUUCCAGUGUUUUACGAUGUAGAUCCUUCCCAUGUCAGGAAGCAAAGCGGGAGUUUUGCUGAAGCUUUUGUUAGACAUGAAGAGCGCUUCAAGGAGGAGAUGGGAAAGGUUGCCGAGUGGAGAAGAGCGCUUUCUGAUAUUGCAGAUCUUGGUGGAAUGGUUUUAGGACAACGGUAUGAAUCACAAUUUAUCCAAGAUAUUGUUGAAGAAAUCAGAAGUAAAUUGGAUUCCAAAGUCUUAAACAUUGCUCCGUAUGCAAUUGGAAUAGAUGAUCGUGUGCGAGGUAUAAACAUGUGGUUAGAAGAUGGGUCAAAUGAUGUUGGUGUGGCUGUGAUCUAUGGAAUGGGUGGAAUUGGCAAAACCACUAUUGCCAAAGCUGCUUAUAACUUGAAUUUCCAUAGAUUUCAAGGUAGCAGCUUUCUUGCUGAUGUUAGAGAAACUUCAGAACAGCUGAAUGGUUUGGUUCGCUUGCAAAGAAAUCUUCUUUCAGACCUCCAAAAGGGGAAAACAAAGAAAAUAUACAACAUUGAUGAAGGAAUACGAAAGAUAAAAGAUGCUGUAUGUUGCAAGAAAGUUCUUAUUGUUCUUGAUGAUGUGAACCACUCAGACCAAUUUAAUGCAAUUAUUGGAAUGAGCAGAUGGUUUUUUCCAGGAAGUAAGAUAAUCUUAACAACCAGAUACGAACAUUUGUUAAAGGCUCACGAAGUUAACACAAUGUUUAAGGUUCAAGAGUUGAAUGAGCAUGAAUCACUUGAGCUUCUCAGUUGGCACGCCUUUGGACAAGCCCAUCCUAUUGAAGCUUACAUUGAUCUUUCAAAACCUGUUGUAAAACACUGUGGAGGGAUUCCAUUAGCUCUGCAAGUUCUGGGAUCUUCUUUGUCUGGUAGAAGUAUAGAUAUAUGGCAAAGCGCAUUACAGAAGCUAUGUGAGAUUCCACAUGGAGAAAUUCAAAAAAUUCUUAGAAUCAGUUUUGACUCUCUGCAAGAUGAUCAUGACAAAAACUUAUUCCUUCAUAUAGCAUGCUUCUUCAGAGGAAAGAAAAAAGAGUUUUCAAUUACAGUACUGGGCGACCUUAAAUUCUACGCAGUGAUUGGAAUUCAAAAUCUAGUUGAUAGAUGUCUAGUGAAAAUUAAUGAAGACAACAAGUUGAUAGUGCAUCAUUUGCUUCGAGACAUGGCAAGGGGAAUUAUUCGUGAAGAAUCACCUGAGGACCCUGGGAAACGCAGUAGGGUGUGGCACAAAGAUGCCUUCAAUAUUUUGAGUAAAAGAACUCAGGGUACUGGAACUGUUAAGGGCAUCAUACUUGACCUUUCUAUGUUGAUGCAAGAUGAGUCUUCCAAAACAUUAUUUAGUGGAAGUAACAGCAAACGACAUCGUGUUGAUGAUUAUGAUGGAAAUUGUUCAGGACGGCGUCGACUUAGUCUCUUCACCUGGCAAUUAUUUAGUUUUUCCUCAGCCAACACGACUCCAGCAUCAGAUGAGGUUGACCUCAAAAUAGAGGCAUUCAAAAAGAUGCACAACCUUGAAGUUCUCCUACUCAAUAAUGUACAUUUCAGUCAAGGCUUUGAAGAUUUUCCAAAAAACUUGAUAUGGCUGUCUUGGCGAGGAUUCUCUUUAAAUUCAAUACCAGCCAGUUUGUAUUUGAAAACUCUAGUUGUUCUUGACUUGCGGAAUAGCAGCCUGCAAUGUGUAUGGAAGGGAACCAAGUUUCUUCCAAGUCUGAAAGUCCUUAAUCUUAGUCAUUCACAUGGCCUUUCAGCAACCCCCGACAUAUCAGGACUCCCUAACCUUGAGAGAUUGAUUCUAAAAAAUUGUAGAAAUUUGAUUGAGGUUGAUGAAUCGAUUGGAGACUUGGAGAAACUUGUUUUCUUAAAUCUAAAAGACUGCAAAAAUCUGAUGAAGCUUCCAACAAGAAUCAAAAUGUCAAGUUCUCUUCAAACACUUAUUCUUUCUGGUUGCUCAAAGCUUGUGCGUCAUUCUAAUAUGGUUGCAACAAAUCAGUCACUCUUGACAGCUAGUGAUAUGAAGAAAGACGAUUGUUUAUCACCUAACUUGUGGAAAUCGUUCUUAUCAUGGGCAGUACAAAGCAGAAAUAUCAUACCAACCAGUUUCUCAGUAUCAAAUUUACCACGUUCUUUACGAAGCUUAAGCUUAGCUGACUGCAACCUAUUAGAGAUUCCAGGUGAUCUUAGUAUCCUCUCCUCGUUGAAGUAUUUAGACCUAUGUGGGAACCCAAUUCAGAGCCUCCCAGAAAACAUAAGAUCUCUUAGUAAGCUUGAGACACUUAUGUUAGAGGAAUGCACAGAACUCAGAACGCUUCCAGAGCUCCCACCAAGUCUCCAGAGUUUGCUUGCAAGUUCUUGUAAAUCAUUGAAAAGAAUAACAAAUUUACCAAACUUGUUCAAAUCAUUGGAUACAGAUUUUCUGGAUUGCAAGAAGUUAGUUGAAGUUGAAAGCUUGUUCACUAUAAAACCAUUGACAACCACUGACAUAGAAAUGAUCAAAGAUAUGGGACUGUUCAAUUUUAAAUCCAUUGGAAGCUAUGCUGAGGUUGAAAUGAUCAACUACAUUACAAAUACAACCAAGAAGGUCCCCAUCCAGGUGUUGUCUGAAUGUGGCAUAUCUAGCAUUUACCUAAACGGAAACGACAUUCCAGAUUGGUUUCGCCACAGGAGAAUGGGCAACUCUGUGUUGUCUAUUAUAGUACCUCCACAUCUUAAUCAUAGAAUUCGAGGCUUAAAUGCAUGUGUUGUAUAUGCACGACGCCCAGAUAUUGGUCGUUCUGCUAAAUAUCAAAACUUGUUUAAAGUCAGCAAUGAGACCAAGGGUCUCAUGUGGACCUAUUCCCCUAUCACAAUAGGUAUUCCAAAGGAGAAUGAAGACAUGUUAUGGCUAAGCCAUUGGAGGUUUGGAGAACAUGAUCUGGGAGGGGGAGACGAAGUACGUGUUUCGGUUGAGUUUGGAUCCGAGCUUGGAUACAAUCUAAAUUUAUGGACAAAGGAAUUGGGAAUCCAACUUGUGUAUGAGCAGGAAAGUAGUGAAGAUGGAAAGAAACACAAUUUCCUUGCUGGAGAUGUAUCAGUGUCAUCCUCAAGUUACCAAAUGUGGACGGGAAAAUACUUUCUUUGUAAUAACCUGAAUCGUGCUCAGAAAACACAAUUCAAGAGUAGCCAGGAAAACCCAUCUCAUCUUGAUUCUGACAAAACCAAGAGCCCCUUCCUUUUCUUGUUUGAGCAUGAUGAUGUUUCACAGGCUGAUCAUUGAUACUUAGUUCGAAAAAAGAUAGAGGAAAAAAGGGAACUUUUAAUUUUACAUUUGGGGAUGCUUCAAGGUGGCUCUGCUGGAAAGAUUUUGAGUAUAUGCAGAAUAAAUUGCUCUGCUAGAUCCAAAUAUAUGCAGAAUAAAUUGCUCUGCUAUAUCCAAAGAUCUGCGGUUGGAUCAAUGUUCUCCAAGUUUUUUGUGUACCAAUUCACAGGCAUUAUAACUUUUCUUGUUUUCCUAUUAUUUGAGCUGUUUGUAUAGGUAGAUUAUAUUUGCAGCAAAUACUACAUCUGCAAAUAAACAUUGUAUCAGUACAAUUACCAUCAACAACUAUUUUGUUUGAUCCUGC